CAUUCCCUCGUCGUUUAACAGUUCCUGUUGGCAGUUCAAUCGCGAUUUCAUGCAUUGCCGCUGGAGCUCUUCCUGUCUCACGGCUUUGGACUCGCAGACGUCCUCCACCUCCUCAUGCUGAUCAUCGAAUAAGAAUGGAGGGACAUAUUCUUGUUAUUAACAAAGUCGAGCCAAGUCUAGCAGACAACUACACCUGCACAGUUCGCAAUCGUUGGGGUGAGGAUCACGGUACUUGGGAGUUGACGGCAUUAGCUCCACCAUCACCACCACGUCUUACCCUUACAAGUGCAUCACCGACCGCUCUACUUCUUGCAUGGGACUCUUCUGGAGCUCAUAGUUACAGCUUAGAAUAUUCGCGAGGUGAAGCUCCAUGGCAGUACCGUUGGGUUUGGGGCGCAGCGCGAAGUACAGCACUACGUGGACUGGCUUGUGGAGCCUCCUACAGAGUGAGACUGCGAGCUAUGGGAGAUGCUGGAGCGGCAGUAAGCGACGUUCUACGUACUGCAACACCUGGUGGAUUAUCAAAACCAGCAAUUGAGAAGCAGCUGAUAAGCACAAACAGUACCUGUGUUAAGUUGAACCUGCUAACCUGGGACUGUAACGGCUGUCCACUGAUCCAUUUCAUCAUAUCCAUCCGUGGGUUUGAGGAGUUUUCCUGGAAGUCAGAGAGCGUAGAAUUGGAAGCUAGUCCAAUGACUUUCUGUACUCUUCGACCAGCUACCUGGUAUCAUUUAAGGAUCGUUGCAACUACCACAGCUGGAGUUACUACAGCAACAUAUUACUUCGCUACACUAACUGAGGGAGGCGAACGCAUCCCAGCACCAGCGCAAUUUCCAUCUGGUGGGGAAGAUAUUGUGAGUAAUGGCGGUGGGGCAGCUUUGUUGGCGGCUGUAGCUGCCUUUGUUACAGCUCUCAUGCUACUUGCCGUCGUCGCGUAUAAGAGGAGUAGCCGAGUAAAAUGCUUCACCAAGGGCUACGAACCGAGCAGUGUAUCUGAAGAUGAGAAGUCAGUAGAGAAAAGGGACAACCGGCGAAACUGCCAGCAAGUCUACACGUCAUCACCUAUAAAAACUAGCAAGAAGGACCAGCAAGAAAUGUAUGAAAUAAGUCCCUAUGCAACAUUUAGUAUGUCAAGCGGCGCUGUUUGCAGUGAAAGUGUAGAUACAGCAGGGUCAGUGAAGUCAGUGGGUCCUGUUGGAACGGUGGGGUCAGUGGGGACGGGUGCUAGUGGGACGCUUAGAACGUUCGGUCGAGCUGAACCCGCUCCGUUAAGUGCUGCACCUCCUCAUCGCUCGCAUAUGCAUCGAGAUCCUGCUGAUUCUGACGAGUAUACGCUGUCACGAGCAAUGACGCUGAUGGUGCGUCGAGGUGAAUCUGACUCGGAUUCGUCCGGCUCACCCGAACCGUGCGCCGAGUGUACGUCCAGCGCCGCCUACCGUAUACAUUGUGCCGUACCUAACAAAGAGGAAGUAUUUCGUGGUGUGACGGAUUCCAGCGCUGAAUCAUGCACUUCAGGCUCAAGGGACAAGGCUCGAAGGAGACCACGCCGUCACACACCUACUUCUGCCAGAUACCCUCAGCGACAAGAGCAAGAAAGAAGGGAUUUUACAAUACACGUUUAAUUACGACAAUAAAGACUGCUACAAGCAUUUAGAGAUAAAUUAUAACUGUUAGUAGAUAUAUGGACGAUUUAAUGUUAAUUUAUAAAGAUAUUUAAUAUAAUUUUUAUAAUUGACUCGAAUUAUUCGCGGCCUAUUUGGAUAUUAUGAAGAUGAAUGUGUCAUCGAUAAAAUAAAUCAAAAUUGUACAUUUUCUAAAUAUUUUUUUGAUACAUGGAUGUUUGUAAUUUAGGAAAUCUAUGAGAUAGUUGUAUUAUAAAUCAAAUUUAAAACUGCACAAAUGUUAUUUGUAAUAACCCAGAGAUGGCGUUGGGUAUCAAUAUUAAUAAGAAAAUAAAAAAGAAGACAAUUUUGUAAAUAUGAAUAAUGUGUGGUGGAAAAUAUAGAGCACAUAGUAUACGUAUAUACUAAACGUGAUACAAGUCUACCAGAGGGAUAGAGGAUCCUAUUCCUGUCGAAAUGUUUCAUGUAUGAAAUCAUUCUAAACGAUUUUCCUAUUGUUAAUUAUUGUACAGUGCUAGUAGUGCUAGGGCCUAGUGCUAGUGUUGGCCUAGUGUCUUCAGUGUGCAACUCUCAUCCCUGAGGUCGUAG